AUGGCGAGGCUUCUGUUCAUAUUUGUGCUUUCUCUCCUGACCGCUCUGUCUCUGGCCAUCCCCGGCCAUGAUAACAGCGAGUGUGCGAGUUGGUGUAAAGACAACUUUUCUAAAUGUGGAUAUAAGAAUGUUGGGGCCUGCGUCUCGGAGGCUGCCCAUAAUGGAUUCGAAUGCUGUUGUGGACCAUGCAAAUCUCCUAUGUUCUGCAAGAACCAUCAAUGCACUUGCCCACCUAACACCUGCGGAAAUGACUGCAAGGAGUGCAAAGCUCCUAAGCAAUGUAUCUAUGGCCAAUGCUCCUGCCCACUAGGAACCUGUGGAAGUGACUGCAAGGAGUGCAAGGCACCUAAGCAAUGCAAGGACGGCCAGUGUAUCUGCCCAACGGAUACCUGCGGAGAUGACUGCAAGGAGUGCAAAGCACCUAAGCAGUGCAAGGACGGUCAAUGUGUCUGCCCCAAAGAUACUUGCGGAAGCGACUGCAAAGAGUGCAAGGCUCCUAAGCAAUGCAAGGAUGGCCAGUGUGUCUGCCCCAAGGAUACUUGCGGAGACGACUGCAAGGAAUGCAAGUCCCCCAAGCAAUGUAUUUAUGGCCAAUGCUCUUGCCCACUUAAUACAUGUGGCAAAGACUGCAAAGAGUGCAAAGCUCCUAAACAAUGCAAGGACGGCCAAUGUGUUUGCCCGAAGGACACUUGUGGGGACAGCUGCAAGGAAUGCAAGGCCCCCAAGCAAUGCAUUUACGGACAGUGCGUGUGUCCUAAGGGUACCUGUGGAGCCGAUUGCAAGAAAUGCGAGUAUCCUAAGCAAUGCAUAAACGGCCAAUGUGUAUGCCCUAAGGACACAUGUGGAAAUGACUGCAAGAAAUGCCAGUACCCCAAGCAAUGUAUUUACGGACAAUGCACGUGCCCUAAAGACACUUGUGGAGCUGAUUGCAAGAAGUGUCAAUACCCGAAAGAAUGCAGGAACGGCCAGUGUGUAUGCCCAAAGGACACCUGCGGAAACGACUGCAAAAAGUGCCAGUAUCCUAAACAAUGCAUUUACGGACAGUGCGUGUGUCCUAAGGGUACCUGUGGAGCCGAUUGCAAGAAAUGCGAGUAUCCUAAGCAAUGCAUAAACGGCCAAUGUGUAUGCCCUAAGGACACGUGUGGAAAUGACUGCAAGAAGUGCCAGUACCCUAAACAGUGCAUCUAUGGCCAGUGUGUUUGCCCAAAGGAUACUUGCGGAAGUGACUGCAAGAAGUGUCAGUACCCUAGGGAGUGUAAGAAUGGGCAAUGUGUCUGUCCACAGGACACCUGCGGAAAUGAUUGCAAGAAGUGUCAGAACCCCCAGAAAUGCCAAUAUGGUCAAUGUGUCUGUCCACAAGGAACAUGUGGCAAGGACUGCAGAAAGCCCCAAGCCUCCCCGCUUGCCUGGGAAUACCAGCGAUUUCAAAUGCUUCUCAAGAGAAUCUUCUUAACGCCGAGUCCAAAAGAAGGUUUGAAACACCGAUACUUGCUGUCCCUGUUGUAA